AUGGUUUCGUUUUCCGGUUUCGUUUUCGUAUCUGGGUUUUUGCUGGGGAUUCUCGCCAUCGUUGCGGUUGAAGUUGCUGGGUUUUUGUAUCUUUUGAAGCGAUUGAAUCGGAAGCGAAAUCUCCAUGAAUCGAAUCCAACUCUAAAGGAUUCUGAUCCUCGUCAGUCCAUUGAUUUCAGUCUCAACAAACAGGGAGUGAUCUGGAUUUUGGAGGUUGAUGAUAGUAUAAAGGAUUGGAUGAGGGAAAAUGGGUUACCAAAAGAGCAAAAGAAGAAGAGAGAUAUCUUGGAGGUACAUCCAGUAAGGAGGUUUGCUCGAAUCAAAGACCAUAAACUGAUCUUGUCAGAUUCAGAUGGCACUAAGACUGAUAUUACUUUGAAAGGUUGCUCUGUUGAGGCUGUUUCAGGGUCUGGACUCCCAACAAGGAAAUGGGCUAAAAGAUUUCCUAUCCAAAUAGAGAGCAAAACUUCGGUCUUGUACAAGGGAAACCACGCGUUUUACAUCUAUCUCGAGACUUCUUGGGAGAAGGAGUCAUGGUGUAAAGCUCUUCGUCUUGCUGCUUUCGAGAAUCAAGAAAGGUUUAUCUGGUCCACUAAAUUGAAAGACGAUUUCCGAAAAUAUAUGGCUUCCCUUAACGUUGCAUAUCCUUCGUUUAUGAAACCAUCGGCCGGGUUUACUUUUGAGCCAUUGGAUAAGGGGGUUAAAACAGAUGGUGGUCCUUCAUCAAAGGUUCGUUUGUUAUGGAAGAAAUUUUCGAAAAAGUACUCGACUAAAGUGAAUACGGCCCCGUCAAACCGUGAAGACAAGAAGACUUCAAACCGUCCUUACCAAGAUUCACAAUCUACCGGUAGCUCUGGAAGGAGCACUCCAGCAAGAAAGAUGCAAGAUAACAUCCCUGAGGAAACCGAUGUGCAAGUCUUCCCACGUUCUUGGAGCCAUGGCAGUCAUGUUUCAGAUUUAGAUUCAGAAGACAAGUUUUUUGCUGAUGAAGGAACAUCGGUGUUGAACUUACUGAUUUCUCGAAUGUUUUUCGAUGUCAAACGAAACACAGGGCUGAAGAGUCUAGUCCAUGAACGAACCCAGCGGGUGUUAUCCAGCAUGAGGAUUCCCAGCUACAUAGGUGAAUUAAUCUGCUGUGAUGUAGACAUCGGAACUCUUCCGCCUUAUAUACACGGUACAAGGAUACUUCCAAUGGAGAUGGAUGGUGUGUGGGCGUUCGAACUAGAUAUUGAAUACACUGGCGGUGCGGGUCUUCAAGUUGAAACUCGUGUUGAUGCUCGGGAGGAAGAUCUGCAGAAAGGCAUAGCUGAGAAGUUGCAGCCAAAUUCUGCUGGGGAUGUUCCCCCAGAUCUCCUUGAAGAUCUUGCAGAUUUUGAAAAGCAACUAAAUGUCCCUGGAGGAGGAACAGUUGAUGCACCACAAGAUGCGAAAAAUGGAGGAAGCGAUAAAGCUGAUGAAUCUAAGGGAUCUAAAGGUACAAAACCAGCUCCGAACAAUGGAUCCAAGUGGAAGUCUAUUCUGAAGAACAUCGCUGAGCAAGUUUCCCAGGUUCCAAUUACUUUGUCAAUAGGGGUGUCUUUGCUUCGAGGGACGCUGCGCGUUCAGCUGAAGGCGCCUCCAUCUGAUCAACUAUGGGUUGGCUUUACAAGCAUGCCUGAUAUUGAGUUUGACCUUGUCUCUUCUGUUGGUGAACACAAAAUCACAAACAGUCAUGUUGCUAUGUUCUUGGUGAACCGGUUUAAGACGGGGAUACGAGAUGUGUUGGUGCUUCCCAACUGUGAAAACAUAACCAUUCCGUGGAUGAUAGCUGAAAACGAUGAUUGGGUUGAACGCAAAAUCGCUCCAUUCAUGUGGUUGAAUCAAGAGUCGACCAAUGAUCACGACAGCUUCGAAGCUGCAGAAGCAAAAUCUAAAACUGACAAGCCACCGAGUUCUGAACCAAUGCUGAAAACUGCCGAGGUUCCCCAGAAGCCAAGAAUUGAAGAAGAACCUGUGUCUGCUGCACCACCAGCUAACUCCACAGCUAUUGUAGUGGAGGGUGACAAAUCUUUGCAAGAACUCAAGACUCCACUGCUGGGAAGCAGCGAAAAGCAAGAUACAAUAGGCAACACCAGAGAUAUUAGUGUUGAGUCACCGUCAGUGUCGAUUGCUUCAAGCGAAGAGAAGAGAAUGGGAACAGCAAAGGCGAGGAUGUUCGAUUUUAGGAAGAAAGUUGGGGAGAAGUUUGAAGAGAAGAAGCGUCACGUAGAAGAGAGAGGUAGACAGAUUGUUGAAAAGAUGAGAGGACCUUGA